AUGGAUGAACUGGAACAAGACCAAAAUGCUAUGUUUAUGUACAAACAAGUCCAAGAGUUAACACUUCUGAAGUUUAUCUUUAUGAAACACAACUUGACUUUCAACUCCUGUUUCUUGACAGCUACCAUGUAUACAACACCAGAAGCCAAAGAUGUCUUUGGAACGACCCAUACAGCAAAUGAGAGUAAAACAAUAUCUACAACUGAAGUUCCGAAAACACCUUAUGGAGUUUCAGAAGGAUCCAAAGUAACUCAUGCAGUAAGCAAGAAUGACGAAACUGUAACUCCCAGACUGUCACCCACAUCUCACGGAGUUGCAGAAGACUCAGGGACAGCUAGUCCUGCCUCUACGCAAGAGUACUCACCAACAGAAACAUCAGCAAGUUCUGUGUCCUUAAGGCUGGUAAAUGGGGAGAACAGAUGCCAGGGUCGAGUUGAAGUCCAUUACAAUGGGAAGUGGGGGACAGUCUGUCAUGACGGUUGGGACAAAGAUGAUGCUGAGGUUGUAUGCAGGCAACUUGCCUGCGGAGAAGUCAUUGAAGCUCCAAUGAAUGCCCAAUUUGGUCAAGGCCCUGGUGACAUCCAUCUGAAUGAAGUGCAUUGCAGAGGGAAUGAAUCAUCUCUUGAAGAGUGUGCCCAUAACGGAUGGGGAGUCCAUGAUUGCCGACACAAGGAGGAUGCCAGUGUUAUCUGCUCCGAAACUCUUCCAACACCUACAGGGAAUCCUCUUUCAUCAGAAACAUCAGCAAGUUCUUUGCCCUUAAGAGUGGUGAAUGGGGAGAACAGAUGCCAGGGGCGAGUUGAAGUCUAUUACAAUGGGAAAUGGGGGACAGUGUGUGAUGAUGGUUGGGACAAAGAUGAUGCUCAGGUUGUGUGCAGGCAACUUGCCUGCGGAGAAGUCAUUGAAGCUCCAAUACGUGCCCAAUUUGGUCAAGGCUCUGGUGACAUCCAUCUGAAUGAAGUACAUUGCAGAGGCAAUGAAUCAUCUCUUGAAGAGUGUGCCCACAGUGGAUGGGGAGUCCAUGAUUGCCGACACAAGGAGGAUGCCGGUGUUAUCUGCUCCGAAACUCUUCCAACGCCUACAGGAUAUCCUCUCUCAUCGGAAACAUCUGCAAGUUCUUUGCCCUUAAGAGUGGUGAAUGGGGAGAACAGAUGCCAAGGGCGAGUUGAAGUCUAUUACAAUGGGAAAUGGGGGACAGUGUGUGAUGAUGGUUGGGACAAAGAUGAUGCUCAGGUUGUGUGCAGGCAACUUGCCUGUGGAGAAGUCAUUGAAGCUCCAAUACGUGCCCAAUUUGGUCAAGGCUCUGGUGACAUCCAUCUGAAUGAAGUACAUUGCAGAGGGAAUGAAUCAUCUCUUGAAGAGUGUGCCCAUAGUGGAUGGGGAGUCCAUGACUGCCGACACAAGGAGGAUGCUGGUGUUAUCUGCUCAGGUAGGAGGAAUGUGCAAUCUCCCAGAACUAACCGGCUAUCCCCUCCUUCAACAGAAACAUCAGCAAGUUCUUUAUCCUUGAGACUGGUGAAUGGGGAGAACAGAUGCCAGGGGCGAGUUGAAGUCCAUUACGAUGGGUCUUGGGGGACUGUCUGUGAUGAUGGUUGGGACAAAGAUGAUGCUCAGGUUGUAUGCAGGCAACUUGCCUGUGGAGAAGUCAUUGAAGCUCCAAUACGUGCCCAAUUUGGUCAAGGCUCUGGUGACAUCCAUCUGAAUGAAGUGCAUUGCAGAGGGAAUGAAUCAUCGCUUGAAGAGUGUGCCCAUAGCGGAUGGGGAGUCCAUGAUUGCCACCACAAAGAAGAUGCCAGUGUUAUCUGCUCAGUAAAUGAAACUUCUUCUUUUCUCUUAGAAACUCUUCCUACCCCUACAGAGAAUCCUGCUUCAUCUGAAACAUCAGCAAGUUCUUUAUCCUUGAGACUGGUGAAUGGGGAGAACAGAUGCCAGGGGCGAGUUGAAGUCCAUUACGAUGGGUCUUGGGGGACUGUCUGUGAUGAUGGUUGGGACAAAGAUGAUGCUCUGGUUGUAUGCAGGCAACUUGCCUGUGGAGAAGUCAUUGAAGCUCCAAUACGUGCCCAAUUUGGUCAAGGCUCUGGUGACAUCCAUCUAAGUGAUGUACAAUGCAGAGGCAAUGAAUCAUCUCUUGAAGAGUGUGCCCAUAAUGGAUGGGGAGUCCAUGAUUGCCGACACAAGGAGGAUGCCAGUGUUAUCUGCUCAGGUACUUCUAACUAUUUUCCCCUAAGGCUGGUGAAUGGGGAGAACAGAUGCCAGGGGCGAGUUGAAGUCCUUUACAAUGGAAAAUGGGGGACAGUCUGUGAUGAUGGUUGGGACAAAGAUGAUGCUCAGGUUGUGUGCAGAAAACUUGCCUGUGGAGAAGUCAUUGAAGCUCCAAUGAAUGCCCAAUUUGGUCAAGGCUCUGGUGACAUCCAUCUGAAUGAAGUACAUUGCAGAGGGAAUGAAUCGUCUCUUGAAGAGUGUGCCCAUAACGGAUGGGGAGUCCAUGAUUGCCGCCACAAAGAAGAUGCCAGUGUUAUCUGCUCUGAGUAUUCACCCACAGGAACAUCAGCAAGUUCUGCAUCCCUAAGGCUGGUGAAUGGGGAGAACAGAUGCCAGGGGCGAGUUGAAGUCCUUUACAAUGGGACCUGGGGCACAGUCUGUGAUGACGGUUGGGACAAAGAUGAUGCUCAGGUUGUGUGCAGAAAACUUGCCUGUGGAGAAGUCAUUGAAGCUCCAAUGAAUGCCCAAUUUGGUCAAGGCUCUGGUGACAUCCAUCUGAAUGAAGUGCAUUGCAGAGGGAAUGAAUCGUCUCUUGAAGAGUGUGCCCAUAACGGAUGGGGAGUCCAUGACUGCCGACACAAGGAGGAUGCCAGUGUUAUCUGCUCUGAGUACUCACCCACAGGAACAUCAGCAAGUUCUGCAUCCCUAAGGCUGGUGAAUGGGGAGAACAGAUGCCAGGGGCGAGUUGAAGUCCUUUACAAUGGGACCUGGGGGACAGUCUGUGAUGACGGUUGGGACAAAGAUGAUGCUCAGGUUGUGUGCAGAAAACUUGCCUGUGGAGAAGUCAUUGAAGCUCCAAUGAAUGCCCAAUUUGGUCAAGGCUCUGGUGACAUCCAUCUGAAUGAAGUACAUUGCAGAGGGAAUGAAUCGUCUCUUGAAGAGUGUGCCCAUAACGGAUGGGGAGUCCAUGAUUGCCGUCACAAAGAAGAUGCCAGUGUUAUCUGCUCUGGAACAUCUGCAAGUUCUGCAUCCCUAAGGCUGGUGAAUGGGGAGAACAGAUGCCAGGGGCGAGUUGAAGUCCAUUACAGUGGGACCUGGGGGACAGUCUGUGAUGACGGUUGGGACAAAGAUGAUGCUCAGGUUGUGUGCCGAAAACUUGCCUGUGGAGAAGUCAUUGAAGCUCCAAUGAAUGCCCGAUUUGGUCGAGGCUCUGGUGACAUCCAUCUGAAUGAAGUACAUUGCAGAGGGAAUGAAUCAUCUCUUGAAGAGUGUGCCCAUAGUGGAUGGGGAGUCCAUGAUUGCAGCCACAAGGAAGAUGCCAGUGUUAUCUGCUCUGGGGCUGUGAAACUAGUCAACGGAAGACACAGAUGUGAGGGACGGCUUGAAGUGUUUCACAAUGGAAAGUGGGGGACAGUCUGUGAUGACCUGUGGGACAUGAACGAUGCACGUGUUGUGUGUAGGCAGGCUGGAUGUGGAGAGGCUCUCUCAGCACCAGGAAAUGCUGAGUUUGGUCAAGGCUCAGGCGCAAUUUUUUUGGAUGAUGUAUCCUGCAAUGGGAAUGAACUCUCCUUGAACCAGUGCUCCCACAGAGGAUGGGGGAUAAGCAAUUGCAUCCACAGAGAAGAUGCUGGUGUGGUCUGCUCAGACACAGAUGUGAAAUUGGAGGGGGCUGUGAAACUCGUCAACGGAAGACACAGAUGUGAGGGACGGCUUGAAGUGUUUCACAAUGGAAAGUGGGGGACAGUCUGUGAUGACCUGUGGGACAUGAACGACGCACGUGUUGUGUGUAGGCAGGCUGGAUGUGGAGAGGCUCUCUCAGCACCAGGAAAUGCUGAGUUUGGUCAAGGCUCAGGCGCAAUUUUUUUGGAUGAUGUAUCCUGCAAUGGGAAUGAACUCUCCUUGAACCAGUGCUCCCACAGAGGAUGGGGGAUAAGCAAUUGCAUCCACAGAGAAGAUGCUGGUGUGGUCUGCUCAGCUCCUGUGGAUGAUACAAACACAGAUCCUGUAACCCUUUCAUGUUUGAAGGAAUACAUGAAGGCAGUUAUUGCCAAAGACUAUCUCGUUUCAAAGGGCUGCUCUCAAUGCAAUCUGUACCUGAGUGACCCCGCCUGUAAACCUGUGGUUACAAGUGACCAUUAUAUAUUCUAUAUACCAUAUGAUGGAUGUGGGACAAGACGGGAGAAUAAUGGAGGGUGUAGCAGUUUCUCCAAUACUGUCAGCAGCUCUGGGACAGGCAUACGGCCCCAGUUCCACUUCACCUGCAAAAUGGAGCCAAAGACAAUGAAGGAAAUGACAUAUAAUGUAGACGAGAAUGAUGUUGGAAAAGAAGAGCCACUGCAAAGCAGACACGCCCAUGUGAAAUUUAUAUUUUAUGACUCGCCUUCCUUUUUGCACCCAAUGAAGAACUUGCCCUACUUCGUGGAUGUGAAGCUGAAUAAUGACUUACUUCUCCAAGCCACUCUCUCCAGUUAUAAUCCAAACCUGAUAUUAUUCACAGACACGUGUGUGGUUUCCCCUAACGGUUAUGGCUUCACUACUGAGAGCUAUGGCCUAAUAAACAAAGGGUAA